UGUUUCUGAAGAUGAUUCUGUUGGAACAAUGACAAAUUUCCUAAUUGUUUACGUCCUCUGAAGUGGAAAGACAUAACAUCGCAGCCGUUUAAAUCCAGUUAUUAACGGUACAGCAUAAACCAUGUAAAUUAACGACUGACUUUUUGCGGGAAAUAAAUCUUUUCAGAAGAUUUUCUGGAGAAAAAAGCAACGAAAAUGGCGUCAUCAAGAAAUGUGAAGCAACCUCCCGGCGCAGGAAUGUAUGAUCCUGCCAGCAAACUCCAGUCAAAUACACUGAAGAGACACCCUAAAAUGGAUUUAAACAAAGCAGACCUUCUGCGGUUACUCAGCUACUUGGAAGGAGAGUUACAAGCCCGAGAUGUUGUCAUUGCUACAAUGAAGGCUGAAAAGGCAAAGCAGCUACUGUACCAAGCAAAGUAUGGAAGGUUUGGAUUGGGAGAUCCGUUUUCUGCAUUACAAAGAGAUUCGGAUAACUUGAAGGAUAACUCGUUUGACGAGUCCGCCAUUAAGUCUAUGUACGAUAAUCAGCUGGCACAGCUAGAGAACCUGAUAGCGACACAGAGGAAAGCUCAGCUGAAGAUGAGGGAGCAACUGUCAGCGGCCGAGAAACGCUAUCACAAGGUGUGUAAUGAUUUGACAAUAGGAGAAAGGACAAAUACAAAAGAUUCUGGACUAGAUAGAAAUGUGACCGAGAUAUACAUGUUGGAGAAAAAAUUACAUUUAUCACAGGAGAUUGAGUAUGAGAAAAGUCAGAACAAGAAGUUAGAAAAGGAUCUUAAGAAAACAUUAGCAAGUCUGGAGGAAGAGAGAGCCAACUCCAUCAAACAUAAACAGGUGGCUGUCAUGUUAAUCAAAGAACAGAAGAAGCUGGUGGAGAAGUUAGUUAAAGACCGGGCACGGAUCCAAAAGUUAGAACAGCAGCUUCAGGACGAGCAGGAGAAGACGAGUAACGUGGUGGAGGGACUGGUCAUAGAGAGCAAGAAAUCCCUCAAAAUGGAGGCCGUCAUGGAGAAACAGAUGAGUGACUUCGACGUCGAGCGAGAGCAGCUCAGGGGGAAACUGGGUCGUGAGGAGGCCAAAAACCGGGAACUGUCCAACCAGCUGGAAGCGCUUCAGUAUCAGUUUGAUCUGCUCCAGAAACAGAUGGCCCUGGAGAAAGUGACCGCUAACAAAGACAGUUUCCAGAGUAUUGAGAUAAAGUCAACAGUCAAGACACCUGACAAGUCAGGGAGCAAUAUGGCUGUCGUUAGUCCUAAUGUAGGUCAACUGCCCCCCAAGGUCGGGAGGCUGAGCGAAGGAAGUCUGAAACUGAGCGAUGUGAGUGACAGAAAUCGUGUUGUUGAGACCGUCGUCCAAAAAGGGGGUCGAUACAGUCACUCCCCAGAGAGGUCAGUGUCUGAGGGCUACAGGACAGACACCCAGGAAAUGAGGGUGGCGCCAACAGAGCCGGUGUCCAUAGAUAGAAAUACGGAGAUGUACCGAGGUGGUCCCAGAAUUCCCCUCCAGUCAGGUUCUACAACGGUGUUAACAGGCGGCGGGAAGGUGCUGACAGUCAAUGUGGGGCACUCAAGUUCCCCUUCCUCCCCAGUCAACAUGUCACCCCGUAAAAUAGCGAUCCCUGGGAGAGGGACCCCGCCACCCCUACCCCCCAACAAACCUAGUCUGUCAUCACCGGUCACUGCCAGUCCGGUCAGCAAAGCUGUGACGCCUGUGUCCCAGGCAGGGGCCUCCCGCGGGGUUCAUAUACCUGUCAGUGUAGUGCAUAGUUCUGGAACUGUCACCCCUACGAGGGCCCCACAAGGAGAAGGAAAGGCCGCCCCCAUACGGAAGCCCACUCAGUCCCAGGUGAACAACAAUACUGACUCCGCCCCAAAUGGUCACAUGACUUUGACUGACUCCUCUGAAUCAUCCAAUGAGGCUUUAGAAUUCCUCGGACCAGAAAUGGCCGACCUUCAGAACCUACUAACUUCUAUCAUGGCAGGACUGGGGUCUACAUCAGAUAGCGUUGAUUCGGAUAAUUCACUACAUUUAGACGGAUCUCCCGCGCUCUCAGCUGAUGUGCUUAACUCCCCCGUUCAUAGAUUUGCUGCCGACGGAAAUUUCACCUCAUUACAGAAACUCAUUAUUGACUCUCAGGCUGAUGUUAACCUCCCGAUAAAAGACGGAUCCACCCCACUCAUUUUAGCUGCUAAGUAUGGUCACGAAGAUUGUGUGAGACUGCUGUUAGAUAAUGGAGCCAGUGUGUCGACAUACAGUGAUAGUAACUACAUGGCGACACACGCCGCCUCAGCCAACGGACAUGACAGUUGUUUAAAGCUGUUGUUGGAGAGAGGAGGGAACCCUAACACGGGAGAUUGGCAGAAUUGGACCCCCCUACACCUGGCCGCCACCCACGGGCACACUCACUGCUGUCAACUAUUGCUAGACCACGGGGCAAGGCUCAAUGUGUGCUCAGCAACUACCUGGACCCCUCUACACAGUGUGGUACAUGCCGACCAAUCAGAAUGUCUGGAAUUUUUACUGGACUACCACUCUCGGUUACCACAGCAACCAGGUCAUGUGACUACACAGGAACUUGUGGACAUUUCUGACAAUGAUGGCUGGACUGUUAGUCAUGUAGCGGCUUCCAAAAACUCUACAGAUUGUCUGUCAAUCAUAAGUAAGUACUGCAAUAUAGAUGUCAAGAAGACUGACAGAUGGGGGCGGAGCUUAAUAGAUGUAGCCACACCCAUUUGCAAUCAAUUUCUGUCUCAGUUAGGUAGCUCCUGUAUACACGUGCCCGUGGCAAUUGAGCUGAGUUACGCUCGUCUGUCAGGGGUAGAUAACUCCAGUAACAUUUCUGGUCAGUCGUUUGUGGUGGGGGCGGUACAGAUAACCUCGGCCACGGGUUGGAUGGAGUUGGAGGGCGUGUUACAGGCGGUGCUGUCUAACUUCCUCAGCCAGCUGGACACCGGAAUCCGAACCAAGAAAACCAGCAGACUGGAUCCGGAGAUAACUAGUGAUAACCAGUAUAGUCUAGGUCUGGGGCUCAAGGCAAUACAGCACUACUCUAUAGGUUCCUAUCACUGGGUGGCUGGAUUACACUCCGUGGACAAUCUCCCCUACGACAUUUUGUGCAAUAACCAAUCUCAGACCAUCAACAUAGUACUAGAAGGUAACCUAGAGACCGUGUCCUGUGAUGUAUUGUUACCUGUCCCUGUUCUACAGAACUACCUCAGACUGCUGGAACAUUAUAAAAGUGUUGUGUUCUAUGGACCAGAGUCAACGGGUAAAACCUACCUGGCUCACAGGAUGGCUCACUUUGUCGCGGAAAAGGGAAAUCCCUUGGUCAAAUGUAGUGAGCUUUGUCAUGCCAAGAGGAAGGAAAUAUUCAAUCAGGAAUUUGUACAGUUCUGCGAGAUUGAACCUAUGAAGAUUUUGAAGCAUGUUACAACAAGGUGGCUGUCAUUAGAGCGUGUGGUGAAAAGAACUCUUGAUCUGUGGCCUGCCCUGUCCAGCUAUUUUAACAGUCACGAUGAGGCAGAUAAGGAAGGAAAAGUGCAGAAGCUUGCAGGACAUCUUGCAAAUCCAGAAGUGAAACUGUACUUCUACUUUCUACAAUUCAUCCUAGAACCAAUGAAUGAGUUUAAUUUAUCCUGCCAGGCAGAUGCUGUUAAAAUUGGUUUGUUGACGGAACAAAUGAAGAGGCUCUUGAAAAAGUUUUUGACCAAAUUCACAAAAGUGGCAGUCAUUCAGAAAUACUUACAAGUAAAGGACAUCCCUUACUCCAACAGGGAAAGUCAACAUGAUGAUGAAUUGCUUGCUAUUGGUAGAGAUGCAAGAGUGUACCUGGAUGAAGUUGAUGAAAUGCUUGCCCCUUCAUCCAGAUCAAGAUUUUUUAGAUCAGUCAGAAAUUUCUACGUGGCAGUAACAGACAAAAUGUUGAAGAAAUUUCCUUUUGAUGAUCCGACUAUUACCAACAUGGCCUUCCUCAACCCAGAUAAUAGAGCCAGUGUUACAUCUGAUACUGUUGUUCACCUAUGCAAGAGGUUUAAUGUCCUAAAAGAAGAAGAGUAUCAACAGCUUACAGAUGAGUUCAUGGACUUUCAACUUUUGGCAGAUGAUGAACUGCCAGAUAGAUCAUCAGUGGAGAGCUAUUGGGGUGAAAUAGCUCAAAUGCAGGACAUAUUCACAAAACAAAAAAGAUUUCCUUGUUUGAGCAAACUUGCUUUAAUGUGUAUUGUAAUCCCCAUCUCUAAUGCAGAUUCUGAGAGAAUGUUCUCCAUAAUGAGAAAAAUUGUCACAGAAUGCAGAUCUGAACUCAAAAAUGACACAGUUUGCUCAUUGCUAUGUACAAAACAGAACAAAGACCAUGACUGUUAUGAAUACUUUCCAUCUGAAAGUGUGCUUAAAGCAGCAAAACUGGCAUGUAAAGAUUAUAAUUUAAGCCUGAAAUAAAAUGUAAUGAAUA